AUGCUGUCUAGGUCGGUAAGACGGCCAAUAUGCUCCUACGUUUGUCAGUCAUGCCUGUCUAGAAGCAUUACACCCUCCUCUACCGUUAUACGCCGUCACAACCAUGCCACUCUCCCCAUACAACCAGACGCAUCCUCCCAGUCCAACAGCAUCGAAGUAAAACCGAAUGAGGGUGGAAGCAAUGAAGGAUCAGGAGCUGAGAAAUCUUCCGGUGGUAAAAAGAAGGGAAAGGGGAAAGAGAAGGGGGAUGCGAAUAAGGCAAGCAAAUCUAGCAAAGAUGUACCAUUGACACAGUCGGCGAAUACGCAAAUUGCCCCGGAGGUAGAAGCGAAACCUGCCAAAACCCGAAAAUCAAAGUCGAAGGCACGGAAGAAAAAGGCUGCAGCGCAAGCCAAAAAUCUGGCUAAUCUGGCUGGCACCUCGGAUGAAAAUAUAAAGAACAUGAUCCUAAUUCAGCAAAAAUCAAAACUUCGACUGAAAAAGCUUCGACCCAGCAAAGUCAUAGCGGCCCUCAACCUCGCAGCACAGAAUGGAAAGUCAAAGUCUGGCAAAGCGGCCAAGGGUGGUCUAGAUGAGUUUGCUCCAGUGAGGUCUGCAUCUCCAAAGCUCACAAGCGAGGUUACUCUUGGGGACAUUGAGAUACUCCUAUAUAUGUUCUUAUCUAACGUUUUCCUUUGCUUCUCCCGUUUAGCUUUGAACACUGAAUCAGAUGAUGUCCCGUCCCUAUCGUAUGGAUUGGACAGGGUAUUAUUCAAGUAUGUCUGCAUUCUAUUCCAUCAAAACAUUCAGCUAACCCAGACUAGCCCUGGCGUUUAUCAAUUACAGGAUCCUAGGACGAUGGUUUAUAACUUUGACCCGUACCUACGCGAUAUAAUGCCCGUUUCCGAGUUCGACUUCAAAGCCUUGAACGACUACAUUACAUCGUCGAAGGAUACCGUCCUCAAGGACAAAGCAAUUGCGGCCGGCAAAAAAUACAUUGGAUCUUCAUCUAGCAUGACCGGUGUGCUUUCACACUUCCAUUUCUUACUAUCCGAAUGGCGAGAGCUCAACACAUCUCAUUUGUCGAACUCUUUCCCGGCCACCUCGAAAACCUACACAAAGCUUUCUCGGCUCCCAGCAGUCGUUUUUCUGCGGUACAGAGAUGGGGUCUAUGCUGUCGACGCUGAUAAAGAAUGGGACACUUCCAAUGUUUUGAUGGGAUUAGGGAAGUCCAUGGAGAAAUUGCUCACCAUACCUAGAGACCAGUACGAACGCUACCGGAGGAAUAGCCCGGAUAAGAUACUGAAAGAGGACUCUCCUCCCGAGGUGUACCACUAUUCAACCUGUGGUGAUUUCUUGAUGAGAUCCCAACUUGAUGCAUAUGAUCCUCGUCUUCCCGGCACUGGAAUGUUUGAUCUGAAAACCCGUGCGGUAGUUUCAAUUCGUAUGGAUGCAAGAGAGCCAUGGAAUGCUAUGGGAUAUCAGAUAAAAACCCGCCUGGGAGACUUUGAGUCUUUUGAGCGCGAAUACUACGACAUGAUGCGAUCUGCAUUCUUGAAGUAUCACCUUCAGGUCCGUAUUGGCAGAAUGGAUGGGAUAUUUGUUGCUUUCCAUAAUAUCAAACGAAUAUUUGGAUUCCAGUAUAUCAGCUUACCCGAGAUGGACAAGUGUAUCCAUGGUCAAGAGGAUACAGCCCUCGGCGAUGCAGAGUUCAAACUCAGUCUCAACAUCUGGAAUAAAGUCAUAGACGUGGCUACUGAGGCAUUUCCUAAGCAGUCGCUGAGGUUUCACUUUGAUACCCGAGAAACGCAAAAUCCGUUUAUGUACAUUUUUGCGGAACCCAUGACAGAAGAUGAAAUAACGAAGAUCCAGGAACGAAACCUCGAUGAGAUCCAGGCUUACGAGAAGAGGGUGUUCUACCCUGAGCUCCUUGAAUCUCAACAGAUGGAUUCCUCGAUUGGAGAAGCUGACAAUCCCACCAAGCAAGAACCAGAGUCGAAAGAGUCCGCCUCUGAGGAUGACAUAGAUCCUGAAAAGCCUUUACUUGCCAUGGCACUAUCAAUUCGCAAUUUUGUCAACGGUAAGGAAGUGGACAGGCCCACCAUGUUCACUGCCAAGGAUACAUGGACUGUGAAAUAUCAGCUUGCCCAUUUUGGUAAAGAACGAGGAUGGACGCUGUAUAAUGCAUGCAAGAAACGGCGAUCGAGGUUCCUUGGAGCACUAGAGGACGAAGAAGCACCAAACUCGGCCUUCAAAGAAAGAUUGAACGCAAUCAGUAAAGAGGGACAGAAAUGGAGAGACGAGAUGGAUAAAAUCGAGAAGGCAAAGGGAAUUAUUCAAUACCAAAGCUAG